CUAAACAGACCGCGUCACGCGCGUCGGGAACUUUGUUUUUGAAAAAAUUCAAAAUCAACGCACAAGUUUCCUUCUUGUUCACACAAUUUUUUUUUGAAAACGUGAAAAUAAAAAGAAACAAAAUGGAUUUUGAAACUACGUGUGAUUUAAUCAACAAAGUGAAGCAGCACAAUUGCUUGUGGGCGAAAUCUAGUAAGGAUUAUCGUAAUGUUUUGAAAAAAGAGAAGAUCUGGGUGGAAAUAGCAGCUGAACUGAAAAAGUCGGUUGAUUCGAUAAAAAAUCGCUGGAAAAGCUUGAGGGACAGAUUCGUCCGCGAGCAGGGACAGAUUACCGUAGCAUCAUCAUCCGGAUCUGCAGCACCCGACAGUCCAUCAUGGCAAUAUUUCAACGAAUUGAGUUUUCUGAAGGCGCACUGUCAGAAAAGACCCACGAUGUCAAAUUACCAAAGCUCAUCGCAAAAUUCAGCUGAUCCGGCAACAUCAUUUUCGGAAGCAGAUCCGAACGGGGAAAACGAGCAACAACAACAAGAAGUACAGCAAAUCGAGCCGGAAACACCAACCAUAAGAAAGCGAAAUGCCAUGGAUGCCAGAUUCCAUAACAUGCUGGAUAAAGUUGAAUCUUUGUGCACCCCAGCAAAAACAUCCCGACAUGAUUCGUUUGCCCGUUAUCUGUGUGACAGGUUGGAAAUACUUCCGCUUUCAAUGGCUCGUUCACUGGAACUUGAAAUUUUGAAUCAUGUCCACAAGACAAUCAAUGAUGUUGAGAAUGUGGAGUACUUAGAUCCUGAAUAA